GAGCCUGAUGUAGAUAUAAGGACGUUUCUCCAUCGCCUUCGUCACGUGACAUAAUUACCCCUCGAAUCAAUCAAGAUGGAUUGCGCGUCAGCCCGCGGCGGGAUUGCUUCCCUUUUCUCCCCGGCGGCUCGUGCCCAAAGCCUGGCGGGCACAUAGAUGGGGCUUCGGAAGAUUGGGAGAGCUCAGCAGCUCCGCGGUUCCUGCUUCCGCCUGCUUCCACUCUUCCCAAGGCCAGCGGCGGAGGAGGUGAAGAAGCAGCCAUGAGUAACUUGGACAACUGCGGCAGCCACGGGGCCCCCGGCGUCUACCUCCCCUCGGCCUAUUACAUCUCCCCCUCCGAUUUUUCCGGCAAGACCCCGUUUCUGGCCCAGCCGCCGCCUUCCUGUCAAAUGGCUUUGUCUUAUGCCUCCGCCUUGCCCGGCCAGGUGCAACCGGUGGGCGAAGUGCCCGCCGCCUUCCGUGAUUACCCUGGAGGAGGUGGAAGCAGCAAGUGGGCUUACCGGAGCGCUUACAGCCCGGGUUACUACGAGGAGGUCUUCCCCAGCCGGGACUUCCUGCAACCGCCCCCCGCCAAUAGGAGCGACGCCUUCCUCAAAAGUGACCAGCUUUGCGGCACCCACCCCGCACCUUUCUAUGGCGCCGUAGGUAGGAAUGGCGUUCUCCCGCAGGGCUUCGACCAGUUUUACGAGGCGGCCCGCGGCUGCGCCCCUUCCCCGACCGAGGCAGAAAAGGAGAGUAACCAGGACCUCAAGCCGCCGCCACAGUCGAGGGACGCUGGCGACCCAAGCUCCCACCUUCCCAGGCCGAAGAAGGAAGCCGGGAACGAAGACAAGGCGGAUUCCUCCUCGGGGGAGGCCCGCACUCCGAAAAGCCAGAGUUCAGCACUGGCCCAGAGAUCACGGAAAAAGAGAUGUCCUUACACCAAGUACCAGAUUAGAGUCCUGGAACGGGAAUUUUUCUUCAACGUCUACAUCAACAAAGAGAAAAGACUCCAGUUGUCCAGAAUGUUGAAUCUCACAGAUCGACAAGUCAAAAUUUGGUUCCAAAAUCGAAGGAUGAAAGAAAAGAAACUCAACCGAGACCGUCUGCAAUAUUUCACCGGCAACCCCUUAUUUUGAGAGGAGAAGCGGGGAGAGGUGGGGGAGAGAAAGGAAGGACAGAUCUCCCUUUAUUAACCAACCAGACACAUGAGCACAAAAACCCUAGAGGUUAAUAUGACUCCACCCGAAGGACAGAAGAAGCUUUUGUGUUAUUUUUAUUUUUAUUUUUGGUUUAUGCUAUUUCUUUGUCUCCUGGUGAUCUCAUGGGAUUGAUAGAGCAAAACCCUCCUAAAAGCAACUGGGGUAAACCCGACACUCCAUCCCAAUGCUGUAGUGUUGUCUUUCUUCUUUAACAAAAGGGGAGGGGAAAAAACCCAAAUCACCCCCAAUGUUCAUUUAUUUUUAUUUUCUCACUGGCUUUUCAUGGCGGCAACCAGAGACCUUGUGUGAAUCUGACAGUUUUAAAAUCAGGGCUUUAAGCAUCCUCGGUUAUUCUUUCCUCUUCCUCCUUUGGGCUUUGAGACAGGAAUCCAUUUCUCCGCCUGGCCUGCACCGUAUAUCAUGGGUAAAGGAGAUAAUGUGCAUUGGAUCCAUAACCUCAUGCUGGUUAGAGAGGAUUGGGAACUCUGUUGUCAUAUCAAGGCAUGGGGACGCUGCCUUGUUCUUUUGUGCCUCCGCGAUUUGCUAGUAAAGCUGAAACUGUAUUUUCCACUUCCAUUAUCUGCUAAAUUAUCCAUUUCUGGGGAAGCACCACUGUAUCCUUUCUGAGCCCACAUGAAACUGAAUCCUAGGACAUAUAGUCCCAUGAUCAAAUAUUUUAAGAGGAAAAAAUCCAGAAAGGGGAAUGUUUUCGACACUAAGGGCUGAAUAGCCGAACAUGUGCAAAAUCCAUUCCACUGUUAUCACUAAACAUUGCAAGGAUUUUAUCCUAGGAGCCUAAAUGGGCUCAUAAAAAUACCCCGAUUAGACAUCAGUUGUAAAGCCAUAAGAUGAAAUUUCAUCGUGUUGUAAGGUUUGGAGAUGCUCAACUGUGGUCUUAGAUGCAAUCCACUCUUAGAAACUUCCAGCUCCAAACCUUGAACUUAUUCAUGGAGGAGGUGGGGGUGAGGAGAGGAACUACAUUAAAGAAAGCAAUUUUUAAAGGCAUUCUUCCAUAUUAUUGAUGUGCAGAGACAAACUAAUGGAAGGAUUGAGGGAAUCUCUGCUUUCCUACUAAAUGGCUAACCCUUAUUUAUUUAUUUAUUUUCUCCAGAAGGAAUUUGGUAGAGGUUCUUCUCUCCACUUUGUUGUUGUGGCCUGUUUGAGCUGUUUACAAAACCUUGAACUGUCUAGACAACACCAUAAAAACCCAGGGUCUGUAACAGCUUAAUUAGCCUAUAUUGAACACCUUGUGUUGGGUGGGAAAAAGAAAGAGAUUUCCACAAGUGUAAUAAAAGAGGCAAGUGAGAAAACAAUUUGACUUUUUUUAAAAGAAAGAAACAGAAAAGGGGGGAGGAAGGAACAGUUUGCAUUCUCUUUGUGUUCAUUAAAGGCCAGAUUGGGAGGAAUAAAAUACCAGGAAAUGCACAAAGUAUGCCUUGAACUAAGAGAAUAUAAGAAGACUGGGAGAAUAAUUUAAUUUGUUUUAAUUUAAACCCGACAAAUUAAGUAUAUGCCUUUGAACUUCCAAGAUGUCAAGGUCAUCACCUUUAACCUUUCUGAAUAAUUAGAAGCCUCAAAGCUUUGCCUCUUAUAUUCAACUACCACCCACUCUUCCCACCCAUUCCUCACUUCCUGUUUUCCCCUUUCCUUUUUCUGUCUCACACUGGCAUAUCCUCAUAGGUGCAUAACAAAGAAGGACUACAUACUAAUUCAGAUCAAUGGAUCCAUCAAUUUAACCUUAGAGCACUUCUCUGUAUUUAUCUAGAAUGAAACGGGCAGAAUCACCAGUGUGUGUAUUAUAAAAAUCCUUUUUAGUUGCCCUUUAAAUAACAAAUUUCUUUUUAAAAUAUUGUUAUAAGGGUUUUUUCUAUGUAAAGUAUUAGUUGCAAAAGCAUUAUUGCUCUUUAUCUAGGUAAAUCAUGCCUUACGAAACAUUGUUUAAAAGAAAGAACAAGCAAAUUGACUCAAUCCCUCUAAAAUAAAUGAGAAAGAAUUCUUGGAUUCCUAUGGAACAUUGAUUACUUCAAAAAUUGAUACUUUGAAAUGCAGAUGCUAGUCUAUGUUUCACAGGAAAUGCAAGUAAUCUGAAUUGUUGCCUUAAGAUAUUUGAGAGAAAAUUAUCUUUACAGGAUGAAAAAUAUAUAGCAGCCCUAUUCAAUGUCUAACCAUUUUUACAAAGAGGAGUUUAAUUUGCAUUCCCUUAUGAAUAAAUACUGUAAGCAUUUAAAGGAAUAAUCCUAAAUAUAUUGUACAUAUUUAUAUUUAUCCUUAUAUUCUUCUUUAACAAAGAACGGGAACAAAAUGGUCAAAAGAAAAAAAAAGAACAAAAUACAGGGACUGAAAACAGAAUACUCCAUAUGCUAUGCACGUAAAUUCCACGUGAGGGCGCACUCAUAUUCCAGAAUAUAUAUUUGUCCUGAUACUCUGGUAUUUCCCCUCAAUAAUAAUGUCAUUAAUAAAACGUAGAAGUGAGAAAACAAAGCAGAAUCAAGAAAUAUUACAGAGAUAACUCACAAAUAUAAUACAAACAAACUAUAUUCAAUUAAAAUUGAUUUUUCUGUCAUUAACAAUAUGACACACAGAAUACAAAUUCAAAACUAUAUUUAGAUGUGUGUAAGUGUGUAUGAAUACAGUUUGUGGUAGGGGGGUAAUACGGUAUGAGUCCAAAAGUGUCUUUUAAUGAGAUGGUAAAUUGAACAAUUUGGAAAAUAUGUAAUCCUAAUUAAUGGAUAAAUGGUUGGCUGACAUUUGUGAGUGUUUCCUCCCGGGUUAAAAAAAUGGAGAGAGAGAAUUAUUUACCAGAAAAAAGUUAAACUUUUCUUAAAUGAAUUACUAGAGAUCUAAAUUUCAUUCAUUGCAGGAUGAAGAAUCACAACAGUUUUUCAAAAGGUAUCUAAGAGGUAAUUUGUUUUUUCCUCAAGGGAAAGAGAAAUCUGUCUCUGAGUUUUGUUCAGUCCUAAAUUUCUCCAAAGAUGCACUUUUAAAAAAUUAUACAGCAAAGGAUGAGCUCGUCAUUUUCCCAACUUUCUUCCUCUAAUCCUAACAAAUGAGGGAGAGUCAAAAAAAAAAAAAAAGGAAACAAGAAACCAGAUAAAGUCAUAUUUGAGAAAUAGAUGCAGAAUUCUUUGUUUACCAGAUAGAUUUUUAUUUUUAUUUUUUUCAUUUAAAAGGAAAUCCAUGGUUAUUCUGGUUACCUAAAACAAUGAAUUUUUAAAAAUACGAAAUAAUUUCUUAAAAAUACUCAUGAAAAAUUGAAAGUCUUGGAACUGAUUAAUUAUCUGCUUGAAUCAAAAAUAAAGAAAACAGCAUAAUAUUCUGAGAACAGACAAUGUCAAAACUGCCUGGCUGCCUUUUCCUUAUUCUUCAAUUGAAGCAUGUGCUGUAAACCAUCACUGUGAAGAUGACAACAGAUUUGUCCCCUGAAUCCUUUCUUCUACUGUUUCUACUAUGCUUUUAAAAUGUAAUGUUGAUUGAAGGAUUUUUGUGUUAUAUAAGUUUCUGUCUGUCUGUCCUCUGCCUAUUAAAUUGGAUAAAGAUUCGUAA